GCUUCGUAAAGAUCUUUCUGAGAGCUCUGCCCUUAUGCAGAGUUUGAAAAACAAUCUGGAGAGGAAAGAGGAAGAAUACACAGAUUUGAAAGAGAAAUUUUCUGAUGCCAAGAAACAAGUGCAGCAAGUACAAAAAGAGGUGUGUACAAUGCGAUCUGAGGAGAAAUCCCUGAGGAAUGCAGUUAAUGAACUUCAGACAACUAAAAUCAAGCUUAGUGAAGAAUUAGAGAUUAAACAGCGCACGAUCUUGCAGCUUAAAAAGCAGUUGAAUAAUGAGAAGAUGGAAGAAAUCUCUAAACAGUAUGAUAAAAUACAUAAAGAUCUUCGUGCAAAGGAAAAAAUAAUUGAAGAUAUGCGGAUGACAUUAGAAGAACAAGAACAGACUCAGAUUGAACAAGAUCAAGUACUUGAAGCCAAAGUAGAAGAAGCCAACAGAUUAGUUCAGGAAUUGGAAAUAUGGAAGCAGAAAUGCAGAGAGCUGAAUAACCAGAGCAAUAAUGACUGGCAGCAAAAGAUGAACAAAAAUGAGGAGAAUAACAUAAAUGAGGAAUUAAUAAAGCUGCAAAAUGAACUGAAGGAAAACGAGGCAAAGUAUCAAACUGAUAGAAACAAGUGGCUGGAGGAAAAAAUGGGACUCCUAAGUCAAGUAAGAGAAACUGAGAACCGUCUCAACAGAGAAAUGAGAAAAUUUGCAAAGGAGAGAGAAUGUCAUGCAGAGCACCAAGCAGAAAUUGAAAAGCUUGCUGCACAGCUGGUAGAGAAGGACAACAAUCUUCAAAAGUGGCGUGAAGAAAGAGAUAAAUUAGUAGAAGCUUUGGAAUUACAGAUAAACACUUUAGCCUCUCGCACCAUACAAAAAGAUAAGGAAAUCGAAGAACUGAAACAGGCUGCACUAAAGGAUUCGGGAAAGCAAAAGGAAGCGGAUACAGAAGAACCAAGAAAACAGCUGGCUGAGAAAGAUGACUGUAUAAAGGCACCAAAACACCACAUGAACCAUGAAAGCCUUCAGUCUUUGGCAGAAGUACAUUUACCUAAAGAAGGACAAGAUAAAACUGACCAGUCUAUAAACAAAGAGGACCAUUCAGAAGUAGUCCUUGACUCUUCUGAAGUGUCCACAGAAGAUGGUAAAACUAGUCGAUUCCCAAAACCAGAGAUGGAAAUCCAGUUCACACCUCUGCAACCCAAUAAGAUGGAGGUGAAGCACCAAGGCAGUACCUUACCAGUGACGGUUAAAAUGCUCAAGACAAAGAAAAGGAAGAGUGAAGAGAUGGAGGAGGAUUUUGUGAGAAGUGAGAAUAAGAAAAAUGCAAAAUCUGCUAUGACUAAUGCACCUUCUACAAGCAAGGGGAAAAAGAAGUCUACUACACAGUCAUUUAGAAAAGUCUACUCUUUAAGAAAGCAAGACUCUACUGCAAGUGAAGAAUCAGCUAAAAAGAAAGAUGGAACACUGCAAAAAAUUGGAGAUUUUUUUCAAAGUUCUCCUAAUCUUAUUCAGUCUAAAGCAAAGAAGCUGAUUGCGACAAUAAGCUCUCCCAAGUCUGCAGAACCUGAAACUGUCAAAGAAAACAAGCUCAAGCCAAAACAAGCUAAGAGGAAGUUGUAUUCAACCAACAUUUCUUGCCCUCUAGAUAUUUCUGCUUCUUCAAUCUUUAUAGAACCCGAAGUGAAGGAAAGUGAUCAUCUUACCCUCAAGCGACGGCUACGAUCAAAACCAGCUAAAUAA